AUGGCUUCGGGCUCUUAUAACGUCAGCCGCGCCUUCCACGAGGCGCCGCCGCCGCCGCCGCAGAACCGGCCGGACAACACGGCCUUCACCCAGCAGCGCCUGCCGGCCUGGCAGCCGCUGCUGUCGGCGGGCACGGUGCUGCCGCUCUUCUUCGGGCUGGGCCUCGCCUUCCUGGCCGUCGGGCUGGGCCUUCACUUCACCUCGGCGGGCAUCCAGGAGCUGGAGCUGGACUACACCGGCGGGCCCGGCACCAACUGCUCCAGCUGCGCCAGCCUGACCAACAGCAGCAACCCGCGCCGGGUCUCCUCCUGCCAGUGCUGGCUGAAAUUCCGGCUGGCCGCCGCCUUCCCGCUGCCCGUCUGCCUCUACUACCAGCUCUCCAACUACUUCCAGAACAACCGGCGCUACAGCAUCUCCCGGGAUUACGAGCAGCUCAGCGGGAUCGCCUGGGCGCUGCGCCACCCCUUCCAGGAGUGCCAGCCCUACCAGUUCAACAGCCAGGGGGUGCCCAUCGCGCCCUGCGGGUCGGUGGCCAACAGCCUCUUCAACGACACCUUUGAGCUCUACCAGCAGCUGCAGAACGGCUCUCUGGCCAACGUGACGUUGGAUAAGCGGGGUAUCUCCUGGUGGACCGACACCAACGUCAAGUUCCAAAACCCGGAGCCGGUCAACAACAGCUUGUGCCAGGCCUUCAGCGGCACGGCCAAGCCUCCCUUCUGGUCCCGGGAGGUCUGCAAGCUGGACCCCUACGACGUCAACAACACGGGCUUUGUCAACGAGGAAUUCAUUGUCUGGAUGCGCACGGCUGCCCUGCCCACUUUCCGAAAGCUUUACGCCCGCAUCCGUCACGACAACUUCUCAGGGGCACUGCCCCCGGGCACGUACUACCUGAACAUCGGCUACAAUUACCCCGUGCUGGCUUUCCACGGUACCAAGAAGGUCAUCUUGAGCACCCUCUCUUGGAUGGGGGGUAAGAAUCCUUUCCUGGGCAUUACCUUCUUGGUCCUGGGCUCUGCCUGUAUCCUGGGUGGCAUCCUCAUGACGGUGGUCCAUUUCAAAUACCGGCACCAGAUUGAGGAUGAGGAUGAUUAGGAGGCCCAGGACAUCUCAUCAUUCCUCAGGUGGCAUGACGAAGGACUGGGGAAUUC